GAGCGCCCUGCCGCACCCGGGCUGUGGGAAUGCGCCUGGCCGGAGAGAAGCGGAUCUCGGCCCCCUCCAACCCGCCCGGGGAGAAAGUGGGCAGGAACCGGUGGGGGGAGGAGGACCCACCUUGUGUUGCUGGCCUGUGUCUUUGUUUUGGCCUCAUAACGCACUCUGGCAUGGCCAGCGAGAACUCUCCUCUGCUGGCCUACCGGCUCCUGGGAGAUGAGGGGGUUGCCUUCUCUGCCAAUGGGGCCGGGGGUCCUGGAGGGGCAUCUGCCCGGAAGCUCUCCACCUUCCUUGGUGUGGUGGUGCCCACAGUCCUGUCCAUGUUCAGUAUAGUUGUUUUUUUGAGGAUUGGGUUCGUGGUGGGCCAUGCUGGGCUGCUACAGGCUUUGGCCAUGCUCCUGGUCGCCUACUUUAUCCUGGCGCUCACCGUCCUCUCUGUCUGUGCCAUCGCCACCAACGGAGCUGUGCGGGGGGGCGGCGCCUACUUCAUGAUCAGCCGGACCCUGGGGCCUGAGGUUGGGGGCAGCAUCGGCCUCAUGUUCUACCUGGCUAACGUCUGUGGCUGUGCCGUCUCCCUGCUGGGGCUGGUGGAGGCCGUGCUCGAUGUCUUCGGGGCUGACUCCACGAAGCCCAGUGGGCUUCAGGUCUUGCCCCAGGGCUAUGGCUGGAGCCUGCUCUAUGGUUCCCUGCUGCUGGGCCUUGUGGGUGGGGUCUGUACCCUGGGGGCGGGCCUCUAUGCCCGCGCCUCCUUUCUCACAUUCCUGCUGGUGUCUGGAUCCUUGGCCUCGGUGCUGGUCAGCUUUGUGGCUGUGGGGCCCAGGAGCAUCCCCCUGACCCCUCGGCCCGGCCCCAAUGGCUCCUCCCUGCCGCCCCAGGUCGGCCACUUCACUGGCUUCAACAGCAGCACCCUGAAGGCCAACUUGGGUGCUGGCUACGCCAAGGACUACACCACGGGGGCCAUGAUGACCUUCGCCAGCGUCUUUGCUGUCCUUUUUAAUGGCUGCACGGGCAUCAUGGCCGGAGCCAACAUGUCAGGGGAGCUGAAGGACCCCAGCCGGGCCAUUCCUCUGGGCACCAUUGUCGCUGUCGCCUACACCUUCUUCAUCUACACUCUGCUUUUCUUCCUCUCCGGCUUCACCUGUGACAGGACCCUGCUGCAGGAGGACUACGGGUUCUUUCGGGCCAUCAGCCUGUGGCCCCCACUGGUGCUGGUCGGUAUCUACGCCACGUCGCUCUCAGCCUCCAUGAGCUCGCUCAUCGGGGCCUCCCGCAUCCUGCACGCUCUGGCUCAGGAUGACCUCUUUGGAGUCAUCUUGGCGCCGGCCAAGGUUGUGUCCCGAACAGGGAACCCCUGGGGGGCUGUGCUCUAUUCUUGGGGCCUAGUGCAGCUGGUGCUCUUGGCUGGGAAGCUGAAUACACUGGCUGCUGUGGUCACUGUCUUCUACUUGGUGGCCUACGCUGCAGUGGACCUGUCCUGCCUGAGCUUGGAGUGGGCCUCGGCCCCCAACUUCCGCCCCACCUUCAGCCUGUUCUCCUGGCACACCUGCUUGCUGGGCGUGGCCUCCUGCCUGCUCAUGAUGUUCCUCAUCAGCCCCGGGGCCGCCGGUGGCUCCCUGCUUCUCAUGGGGCUGCUUUCUGCCCUGCUCACAGCUCGGGGAGGCCCCAGCAGCUGGGGCUACGUCAGCCAGGCCUUGCUUUUCCACCAGGUGCGGAAGUACCUGCUCCGGCUGGACGUCCGGAAGGAUCACGUGAAGUUCUGGCGGCCCCAGCUGCUGCUCCUGGUGGGGAACCCCCGGGGCGCCCUGCCUCUGCUGCGGCUGGCCAACCAGCUCAAGAAGGGGGGCCUCUAUGUCCUGGGCCACGUCACCCUGGGAGACCUUGACUGCCUGCCCUCUGACCCUGUGCAGCCCCAGUAUGGGGCAUGGCUGAGCCUGGUGGACAGAGCCCAAGUGAAGGCCUUUGUGGACCUCACCCUCUCGCCCUCCGUGCGCCAGGGGGCUCAGCAUCUGCUUCGGAUCUCUGGCCUUGGUGGCAUGAAGCCCAACACGUUGGUCCUGGGUUUCUACGAUGAUGCUGCACCCCAGGACCACUUCCUGACUGACCCGGCUUUCUCUGAGGCUGCUGAUGGCACCCUGGAGGGCGGGUCCCCAGCCCUGAGCACCCUGUUUCCUCCACCCCGGGCUCCCGGGAGCCCCCGGGCUCUGAGUCCCCAGGACUACGUGGCCACGGUGGCAGACGCCCUCAAGAUGAACAAGAAUGUGGUUCUGGCCCGGGCCUGCGGGGCGCUGCCCCCCGAGCGGCUGAGCCGGGGGUCGGGGGGCACCUCGCCGCCGCAUCACGUGGACGUGUGGCCCCUCAACCUGCUGCGGCCCCGGGGGGGGCCCGGCUACGUGGACGUGUGUGGCCUUUUCUUGCUGCAGAUGGCGACCAUCUUGGGCAUGGUGCCUGCUUGGCAUAGCGCCCGGCUCCGGAUCUUCUUGUGCCUGGGGCCCCGAGAGGCCCCCGGGGCGGCGGAGGGGCGGCUCCGGGCACUGCUGAGCCAGCUGAGGAUCAGGGCCGAAGUGCAGGAGGUGGUGUGGGGCGAGGGGGCUGGGUCUGGGGAGCCUGAGGAGGAGGAGGAGGGGGAUUUUGUGAACGGCAGGCGGGGGGACGCCGAGGCAGAGGCCCUGGCGUGCAGUGCCAACGCCCUGGUUCGGGCCCAGCAGGGGCGCAGCCGGGGAGGAGGGCCCGGGGGCCCCGAGGGUGGGGAUGGCGAGGGUGGGCCUGCCACGGCCCUCACUUUCCUGUACCUGCCUCGGCCGCCGGCCGAUCCUGCCCGCUACCCUCGCUACCUGGCGCUGCUGGAGACUCUGACCCGGGAUCUGGGCCCCACGCUGCUCAUUCAUGGCGUCACCCCCGUCACUUGCACUGAUCUCUGACGCCCGGGGCCUGAAGCAGAGGGUGCCCGGCUCUAGGGACCCACUUUGAUUCGUGGAUGUGGAAGGGAAGGGCCGGCAGCCUCCCGCCCGUUCCACAUGCGGGGCGUGGAGCCCGGUGGAAGGACUAGGGGAUCCUGGGCUGGGCAUCCUUCUGUCCCUGGGAGAGGGGCUCUCGUGCACUAAUGCAGGCAGCUGUCCCGUCCCCACCACGCUGGGGGUGGAAGCCAGCAGCCCUCCCCACUGGCCUCCCUUCCUUCACCGGUGCCUUGAUGGAGGCUGGGUCUCUGCUUUGACUCUUGGCUACCUCAGUCUCCCCUAGCCCAACAGACUCGCAGACCCCUUGAGGUUGUGAUGUUUUUGUUCUGUUUUAUUUUUCUAACCGCUGAUCGUGAAUAAAAGACCAAAACACUA